AUGGGCUGGAUUUGCAUUAUCUUAUUAACUCUACUGGCAAGGACUAAGUCGGAAAACGAAACAUGCAAAAUGAUAGGGCAGUCAGGGUUUAUGGAAUUUUUUAAAGAAGGUGAUUUUUUCAUAGGAGGUGUUUUCUCCAUAGAAAGUUCAAUGACACUGGUUGAUAAUGAUUAUCAGGCAUUGCCAUAUACAUACUGCAAAAGAUGGAAUCCCAGGGAACUUAAGUUUGCCAGGACAAUGAUGUUUACUGUGGAGGAGAUCAACAGAGAUAAUGAGCUCCUACCUGGUGUGAGUCUGGGAUACAGGGUGUUCAACGGCUGUGGGACUGAAAAUCUGCUUCGAGCUGCUAUAGAAGCUGUAAAUGGAAAUGAUCCACGAGGUUGUCACAGUCAGACUCUGGCUGUUUUGGGUCAUUCAUCAUCGGGAGUAUCUGAUGACAUAAACAAAAUACUCAGUGCAAUGUCAAUUCCACAGCUGAGCCACCUGUCUACCUGUGCCUGUUUGAGUGACAAGAAGCGGUACCCUACAUUUUUCAGAACGGUUCCAAGUGACCAUUUCCAAAUCAUUGCUUUGAUCCAGCUCAUGAAAUACUUCAACUGGCGAUGGAUGCAAAGAACUGCCCACUUAUGUUUGUGUGUUCUGUUCUUAAACACAGUUACUUGUUGUGAGCUCUUCGGAAAAUUUAACAUGCCAAGCUUGUUCAAAGAAGGCGACAUAAUGAUAGGAGGGAUUUUUCCAGUUUUGAACAAAGAAAUCGGCAGCAUUGUUACAUUUGAGAGAGAGCCUCCUGGAGUGAAGUGUGCAGUGUUUGAUCUGCGAGCUUUUCGAUGGGCCCAAGUGAUGAUAUUUGCAAUUGAAGAAAUAAACAACAAUCCUCAUCUCCUUCCUAAUUUAUCUCUUGGAUACAGGAUCCUUAAUUCAUGUUCAUCUCCCACAAAUACCUUACGUGCUGCUUUAACAUUGGCCAGUAGACCAGUGGAGAAAGAAAUGUCUUCCUCUUGUCUUCCAACUAUGUCUGCGGUCAUAGCAGAGGCAGGGUCAUCGCAGUCCAUGGCUGUGGCUGGAACACUUGGACCAUUUCAAGGGGACUUUUCUCCUUUGAUGAAAGAGGUAGUGAAACACAACAUUACAGGCAUUCAGUGGCUCGCUAGUGAAGCAUGGAUAACAGCACCACAGCCCUCCACACCUGAAAUGUACCAGGCUUUUGGUGGAGCUCUGGGAUUUGUGGUGCAAAACAUGGCUAUCCCAAAACUAAAACCAUUUCUAACAGCUAUCAGUCCUUACACAGAUCCAAAUGCGGCAUUUGUAAAAGACUUCUGGGAGAUAAUGGUGGGGUGUAGACUGAAUGCAUCUGAUAUGAACAAAGGUGAAGAUGAAAUAAACAAAGUAUGCACAGGCAAUGAGAAUUUAAUGAAUUCCCAGGAGGUUUUCUUCAAUGUCACACAGCUAAGAGUUGCCUAUAAUGUGUACAAAGCUGUUUAUGCUAUCGCACAUGCCCUCCAUCAGCUGGUAUUCUGCCAACCAGCAGGAGAAAAAACAGACAGGCCAUGUUUGGACGUCUCAAAAAUUAAGCCCAAAGAGGUAAAACAAAUUGCAAAUACACUGACAAUAUUUCCAACUACCUGCAAAUACAUAUUCAGACAUGUUUCCAUGUGUUCUUUUGCACAGGUUGCAUAUCAUCUACAGAGAGUGAACUUCAAAAAUGAGUUUGGGGAUAGUGUGUUUUUUGAUGAAAAUGGUGACCCUCCUGCUUCUUAUGACAUUAUCAACUGGCAGCUGAAAAAUGGGCAGGUGCAACAUGUAAAACUGGGCCAUUUUGCAUCUGAUGAGAAUGGCAACUAUAAGCUCAGUAUUCAGGAAGAAAAGAUAGUGUGGAGGACAGGCAAAAAGCAUGUCUCUGCUGACUUUGUUUUUCAUGCUCAACUCAGCCUGUGUCCUCCCUUCAACGCACACCUCAAAUGCAAGAUUCACUUAUCCAUCUACAGCUUCAACGAAUGCCCAAGCUUUGUGGCAGAUGGUCAAUUUGUCAUUGGAGGGAUCUUUCCCCUCCAUUAUAACCAGGAAAUGCCUGACCUUAACUGCACCUACCGACCACCACCAGUGAAGUGCAACGGAUUUGAUCCCAGGGCCUUCCGCUGGGCUCUAACCAUGAGGCUGGCCGUGGAGGAGAUAAACCAAAGUCCAGAACUAUUGCCAAAUUACACCCUUGGGUACAAAAUCUUUGACUCUUGUGCCUAUCCACUAACCGGUCAGAGGGCUGCUUUGGCUGUGUUGAACGGGCUGAGUGAGAACGACUCUCCUGUGUGCAGUGGUGCUUCUCCACUGCUCGCUGUGAUUGGAGAAUCAGGUUCCGCUCAGUCCAUUGUGGUGUCAAGAAUCCUGCGGCCAUUCAGAAUCCCAAUGAUCAGCUACUUUUCUUCAUGUGCUUGUUUCACUGACAGAAGAAAAUAUCCAACUUUUUUCAGAGUCAUUCCAAAUGAUGAUUAUCAGGUGAAGGCUAUUGCCCAGUUGCUGGUGCGCUUCAACUGGACGUGGGUGGGACUUGUCAGAGGAGACCAUGAAUAUGGCCGCUUUGCUGUACAAGGUCUACUGAGGGAAUUACAAGGUACCAACGUGUGUGUGGCUUACCAAGAAAUGAUCCCGCUGCUCUACAAUCGCCAGAAAGCUCUGGAGAUUAUGCAGGUGAUGCGUACCUCUAUGGCAAAAGUGGUAGUGGUAUUUUCAGCAGAGGGGGAAAUGACACCGUUCUUGAGAGACUACAUGAUUGAGAACAUCACCGGAAUCCAGUGGGUCGCCAGUGAAGCUUGGAUCACAGCGUCUGUAUUCACAGGGAACGAGUAUUACCCCUUCUUAGGAGGCACAAUUGGGUUUGGCAUCAGAAAAGGUCACAUCUCCAGACUCAGUGACUACCUGCUGACAGUCAGCCCCCAGAAUUAUCCCAAUAAUCGUCUGGUGGAUGAGCUGUGGGAGGCCCUGUAUGGCUGCAGUCCUUUUCCCUCCUCUGCCUCUCAGCUUCCACUGUGCACGGGACAGGAAAUGUUGCUGGAACAGCAUUCAGCCUACAUGAACACAUCCAGUCCAAGAGUGGCCUAUAAUGUCUAUAAGGCCGUAUAUGCAGUUGCUCAUUCGCUGCAUAACCUUCUUCUCUGUCAAGAAGGCAGUGGGCCUUUUCAAAACAAAUCAUGUGCUCAGCCAACCAACGUACUCCCCUGGCAGCAAUAUCUCCAGGAAGUUACUUUCAACAUGGCCGGGGAAGAGGUGAAUUUUGACUUGAAGGGGGACUCUGUGCCCUACUACGACAUUAUCAACUGGCAGAGGGGCACAAGCGGGAGCAUUGAAUUUGUCACCGUGGGGCUGUUCGAUGGAACCAAGCCUACCGGAGACGAGCUGCUGAUCCAGGAGGACAGGAUAAUGUGCCAGUGUCUGUAUGCAGCACCAGCUGUCCUCCGGGGUCCCGGAAAGCUGUCCGUCGUGGGGAGCCUGUUUGCUGCUUUGACUGUAUACCAUGUGACAGUGGCAAAAUUAGCAAUCAGACAA